CGUGUCGCUCGUUCGGCGCUCGCUGCUCGAUCGUCUGCAAUUUUUGGGCGUGAUACCCCGGGUCCCGGCGCGCGAACCUGUGGUUCGAAGCCAGAGACCGCGAUUCGAACACACUCACGCGCGUUCUGCAAAACGUGCUUCGCGUACACUUCAGCAUGCUCGUCGCCGUGGUGGUGUUCGUUUGUGCCGCGUUGUCCGUCGGCGAAGGAGAUAGUUCCGCACCGGCCUAUGAAAAGGGCUUCGACAAGAGUGCUUGCCAUACCCUGUGCCCCGUACCGGGCUGUCCGAACAACGCGUCGACCGACAUGGGGCUCAAGCUCUCCGAGCGUGGUUUUCCACUCGCCAACAGUUUCCAGUUCCCGGAGAAGAUUCGACGUUACACGCCGUUCAGAGUGAAUAUGAGUUCUCCCAAUGUGGCUGUGCAUGCCCUGAUUCUGGCGUUUCGAUCGAGGACUACCGGUGGCACCGAGCCGCAGGGAUACUUUGACGGCUGGUCGGACUCGCUGCAGCCGCUGCAGUGCGAGGACGGGCCGCCCAACGCAAUCACCAACAAGGACCUGUCCGGCAAGAACGACUUCUGGUUCUCCUGGAUGCCUCCCGAUGCUCAGGAGAUCGAUGUGGCCCUCAGGGGCACGUUCGUGGUGAACAACGAGUACUGGUACAACAUCGAGAUCAACAGCGACUUUAGGGUGGACGAAUUCCCUGUGUCCAUGGAGGGCUGCGGCCAGACGAAGAGCUGUGUGACGCUUUCGCGCACACGCACUAAGUGUGACAAGGCCAGCCGGUGCGACCUGACCGUCACGUACUCCCUCAGCGCCGACAACCGGACGCUGGAGGUGACCAUGGGUGGUGUCGCGUCCAUGGCCGGUCGGUACCUGGCGAUAGGCUUCACCAACGACUCCGAAAGCCUCAAGGGGGCCAGCAUCUUCGCGUGCACCCGGACUGAAAAGCUGGCGGAAGUGCGGCACUUCACUCUUGCGGAUGAAAAGAGCAUGCCCAUGGAGACGAACCGGGUUUUGGAGAACACCUUAUUCGAACAAGAUGGCGAGCGUGUCUGGUGCCGAUUCCAGACUCCCGUUCGAGUGGCCGGCUUCGACCUGUCUGUCCCGCUGUACCAGGUGUACUUCUGGGGUCAAGCCAACCUCACAUCUGGCCAGAUCGAGAUUAGCCCGCCGUACAAGACUUCCAAGGAGCCCAUACAAGUGGGCGUGCCCCAGGAGAGCAGACUCACCAGCGCCUCCUCGCGAGAGAGCGCGCCGGUGUUGGCUGUACUCCUGUCCGGCCUCUUGGCGGCGAUUCUCCUGCGGCCUUUGUCACAAUGAGCCUUCGUUGCAUAUACCGCAAAGUUCGCUCGCGCCGCACGCAUGAUUUCUCGGUUAUUUCGUUGCGCGACCUUCACGGCGAUUUUCGCACGUGGCACCGCGCCGCUGUUACGUGUGGUACACGCGUUGCAGGUUUCGUUAACUUGUUUUCCUUCAUUUGUUUCCUUUACCAACUACGUUAAUCAAAGGAUUUUCUGUGUUCGAGUGAUAGGCUGCCGGAAGUCGAUACGUGCUGUGCCAUUCAAAAAUAAGAAAGGUACUCUAUCGGUACGGUUGCAAUCUAGAAGACUCAUGCGUCAUCGAACAUGUAGUGAUAUUUUUUUUUUAAAGUUGGCACAUUUGCCACACAGAGAACGUGUUUUGGGGUGUUGAAUAAUUUUGUAGCUUCAGAAAGCGCUGAAAAAGAAACACUGUACCAGUAAAGUAUAACAAACGACGAGUGCUUGCGCGGUAUUAUGUUUUCUGCACUUUCAGAAGCUAUGAAUCACUACAAACUAGUCUGAUCUUUAUAGGCUUGCUGAACGAAUAGACAGAUAUAUCGAAACAGUGCCGCUAGGCCAGAUUGGAAAACUCCGGAAAACUCCGGAAAAAGAAGUGUCGGUCUCCUCGGAGUGGAAUAACACUGUUUGACAUGAAGUGUCGUACUAUGAUACUGUCAUUGUCAUGUCCUUGUCAAAGGAAGGGGCAAAUCAAAAUGAGACAGGGGGAAGUAGGCACGUCUUUACACAACUCUGUUACGCUUUGAUGACGUUCCCGAAGUUACUAUACUUUUCCCCAGGUGAAUUUUGCCUCUCGGGUCAGUGGUGUGACAAUUCAAAGCGCGCUUCCCUUUAGCGGUGCUCCACGGGCAUUAAAGUAUAUAAAUGUUGAAGGCGCUGUUACCAGCCGUUCUAGGCACCGUGUGCUAAGUUAGAAAAAUGUCUAUUGGUAAGCUCGAGGUUACUGACAACCUGAGCUACCAAUAAGGGCUGUGUUGUGGAACUCGACUUCCAUAUAUUUGGUCCACAACUCUGCGUAUAAAUAAGACCACUUAUCAUUAUUUUUUCUUUCUAAAGUUAGCUGUAAUUCUUGCUUAUGCACAUGCUUUUUUUACUUUUAUAUGUUACUGUAUAGACUCCAUCAUUGGGACACGUAAGAGCUUGCAAGUCGACGAAUAUCUUAAAUAGCUUGCAGUUUACUUACGAUAUGUUUAUAUCUUCUCAUUAUAUAUUUAUGUUUUACUAAAAAUUUUUAUAUUUGUAAAGAAUAUGUCUAUAUUUUACGAUACAUUCGUACUUUCUCGUGAUGAAUGUUCUCGCCUGAACAUACUGAAACAUGUUCAACUAAGUGCACUUCGGUGACUGCCUGCUUAUUCAUGCUCUAUAGCACGCGAGUGCUUGCAGAACACACUGACGCGGAGGUCAUAGCAACUCGUUUUGGCUGUUGACUCAGGGGGCAUUGCUUGCCCGAGCAAAAUAAAAACAGGCCAGGUUAUCGUCGGUAAUUAUGCUUUGCGCGUCAACAUGCUAGAACACGUAGGUUCUUCAAUGUAGAAUGGCAAUGUCGUGGUAGAAAGGCGAAUUAAAAGAAUGCAGUUCCCGUUGUGGUUGUUCUCAAAGCACGAGCUGUGUAAAGACGGGAUUUUUGAAAGAGGGGCUAUGAACGAGUGUGCAGGGAAAAUAUUCUCGUUGCAUGCUAUAACAAAGACUUACCGCGGCUGAUACUGAAACAUACGGGAGAACGUGGCAUUGCUGCCCCCUACUGCAGGCAUAAGCAUGUCAAUGGGGUGUGAGGUAGAAAUUUCUUGGAAAGCAGUAUCAGAGCUGUUCGGUCGUCAUUUUUAAAAACUUGCUUAACCAUGCUCAACCCCCUGCGCUAAAGGAAAGUCAGAUCCUACUAAGAAAAGGUAUGGGGAAGCCUUGCUAUCUCCAUACCUAUUCUAUUUAGUGAGAGGCGGGGGGGGGGGGGGGGCUGUUCCGUGCUCGAACCGUAUUGUGCUUUUUGGCACAUAAAAGCGUGUAAGGUAAUCAUAAUAGCAGUCACUGCUUAGUCAACUUCAACCGCUGCGAAUGCAGUGAAUUUUCUUCUCUUUAUUAAGGAUUUCAAUGGACUUCACCAUCGAUAGCGCCGAGAAAUAGGCGCCAUCUAGGCUGUUUAGAUGUAAAGAGCUGUGAACGUGUUGUUAAUGCUUGUGAGAAUUUCUAUGGCAGCACUACAUAUUUUAUAAAAAUACUUUGUUGCACUACAGUAAAUCUACUUAUGUUUCCUGUUUCCUUCUUAUCCUAGCAUUGCAAUUUUUCAGGUAUUUUAUAUGUUCUCACCGUUAUUUCUCAGAUGUUGCACACGUUUCACGAUGCCCAUUCAUGUUACAGUUUUGAAGGGCCUGGCGUCCGUUAUGACGUUUCCGGCGAAAAGUAUGGUAUCACCUCGUAAAAUGUGGCAGACUUACUCACUAGUCAUUGCGCCACUUUCACUCACACAAAUCACUCUCGCACAUUUUCACUAUCAGCACAGUGCACACGUGAAAGUAUAACGGACACAAAAGGGCGUACUAUAUGUAGUGUUUUUUUUUUAUUCUAUAUUGAUAAUAGCACCUUUUAAAUGAUAGUUGUUCUUUUUUUUAGUGGCAAUAUUUUCUUUAUUUUGCUCGUGUAUAUGUGUGCCGAAGUGUAGGGCUCGGCGUCGCGAAUGGCUCACGGAACUGCCUGGAUGCCUGUAUUACAACUUAUGCGCACCUCGCACAUUUAGAAGGGGCGAUAAUUUGUACAACUCUGUCUUUCUAGGUAGAAGAAACCCAUGCAGCAGACGAACGUUUAUUUGGUAUCGCGACUAUUGUAUUUAUAGAUUUUCACAUCCCCGAACCCUUCGUGCAAAGAGUGAGAGACCGCAGUCUCUUGAACACACUAUGCAGUAGACCACCAACGUUGCCGUUUUGUGUUUCACUGAACGGAACAAAAUUAAGUUAAUAUGAAUAGAAUUUAAUUAUUCAAAUAAGUGAAUAUCGUGAAGGAACUAACAGCUGGGUGAACUUAUAAAUGGCACAAAAAUUUUUGCGAUUCAUGGAAAACGUGUUGCUAUUCUAUGCCUCCUUAUUUAGUAGAUUGCUCUCACUAUAUAGAUGCACAUCGUACGAGAUUCGCUUGACCCGUUUCUGAGAAUCAGAACCGGUUGAGAAGAAGUAUAUAUCUGCUAGUCCCACUGCGACCCGUAAGGGUCAUCAUCAGUGAACUACAAUAGAGAGAAGGGAUGGCAGGAGAAAUUAUUGUACCAACAUUACCGUAUACCAAUAAAGGUAGCUGCGUUGUAAUAAAGUAUAAGCUAUUCGCUGCACGGGAUCGAUAUUUAAGUGAAUAACGUUAGAGGUGCACCAUUUCCCCUAAAAGCCAUGGCGAGCUUUUGUCACCAUGGCCGCAAAGGCUAAAAGCUUUGCUUAACUGCGUGAAUGUUUCAUUAACUGCAGGAUAGAAUAUGCCUGCAUUUUAUGCUUUUAAGCAUUGCCCUUUCGUUUUUGUGUGGCUCACUACCGUAAGCAAUCACCUUUGAACUACACUCGUUUCUUUAUUGUCAGCUUUGCUCACAUUACUUCAUUCUACAUUGAACAUCCUCAAAACAUUUUCUGAAUUUGACAGCUUUUUAGCGUACUUUGUUCUCGUGUUCACAUAUAGCAGGAAGGGGGGAACCACACCGAUAGCACAGGAGGCUAUCAGUUGCCACCUUUACAACAAAGAGAUCAAAAGUAUUCAUUGCCUUUUAACAUUCCUUUCUGUUGCAUCGUAAUUCGACUGCGCAGCCGUUUCACUGACGAGCAAAACUUUACUCGCGGGUACUUUGAUCUUCUCUCGCUCUGAGGAAACGUUCGUUGGUCCAGAAGACGUCUUCACAUUCCAAUUAUUUAGAUCCACUCACGAAAGAUGUGUGUGCUCUAUGGUGGUAUGACUUUUGCUGUUGCGUUUAAUCCCCUGGUGCGAUUUAGAUAAUCCUGAUCAUAUCCCAGAAAGCCUUCCUUCUUCUUUGGAUAUUACUAAUGACAUAUAAACAGUUAUAUAAGGUCAUAGCACUAAACAUAACUGCACAAACUAGCCCAAUUUGUGUGGUGUUAGUAACGGCAGUUCUUGCGAGCAUGGCUUUGACAAGUGCAUCUUGUCUGCACGUCACGUUAAUACACGUGACGAAGAUAGAUCACCACAUUAGGUGGCCUCAUGCACGUCCUAAACUUUGCUUUAUCCGUCGCAAGGGGGAACUGAUGAUACAGAAGACUGGCGUGGCCGUAUCUUCACGUUACGAGGAAAUUCAAAAUAUCUCUUAGGGAUGGCAAUAGAAGGGUAUGUCGAGGAAACACAUUCACUGCCAGGGAACUUAUUUUUUGUCUCCUCGACCUACUUUUUUAUUUAUAAAGAGCGACUGGGUGACAGAGAUCAAAUGAAAGAAUAAAAAUAUUGCACUCGCUGAAUGACCUAACCUGUGUUCAGUUUUUUGGCAGGGUGGUCUAUAAAGUGAAAUUACAAUAAAACGAGCAAAAACUUUAUGAGAAAGAAACAGCAAUGAAUGAGCGAGCUGCUCUGAAUUCAUGUUUUAUUGUAGAACACUCUGGACAAAGAUACGUUAAAAACGAAUGAGGAAAGGCAAUAAACUGAAAGCAGGUUGCUUAGCUUGAUUAGAGUUACGGUUCAUCUACUCUUCAAAGAGUGGGAAAUAAUAAGUGGCGAAAAAACACAAAAGGCUCAAGUAGGCUUUCUGUGAACGAAAAAACUUGUAAUAAAACGUCUUUAUUUGUAAAAAAAACUAGUCUUAAGUACUCCGCGUUUCUUUCAUCAUUCCGCUUCUGUGGGCUGUUUGGGCGUGGUUAGAUGCGCCGUACAUUUUCUCCAACGACUAAGCAUUAAGGGAGAUGGCCGCACACCGCUAAGUGGUGUAUUUUUCCUCACAACGCCGGUGUUUUUUGUUCGAGAGAGUGCGAAGAUUUUGCAAAGAUUAUACGCUUUCAGGGGAAGUGCAAGUGGUCUGGUCAUACGUGCUUAGCUGUUGUUUGUGGCGUUACAGGAGGAAUUAUUGUGACAUUUCUUUUUUUCUCAAGUAAUUUUGUAGCAUUCGUUCGCAGCCUUCAUUAUUGCAACAAAUUAAAACGAGGAUGCAGUUUAUGUAGAGGUCAAGGUGAAGAGCUCUAAAGAGAUUUGAACUUGAGAUUGUUGGUACUACUUUACUACAGGAAAGAGCGCAAACACAGAGUAGCAAAUAGACAGUCUGAACGCGGUGCUUUUUAGUCUGUUUUUUCUUGGGCAUCUGUGUUUGCACUAUCUCUUGAAACAGAGCUCCUUGAAACGAGAGAAUGAAGUGAAAAAAGCCAAGCAAAAACACUGACUCUAUUCCGUAAAGGAAAAAGAUAAUUAUAGCAGAAGGAAAAUAUAUUGGCGCAUGAAAAAAGCGAUGGUAAUGAAAAUAGCUAGUCACCUUUUAUCGAUGCUUUUAUUUUCUCCUCUGGGGUAACCAUUUUCUGCUUUCCAGAAUGUAUGGCGAAUUCGCCUCCUUUCAUAUGCGUAAAAUUGUGUUGUUUGGUUGAAAGUUGGUGCUCGUCGUUGACGUUUUUUUUUUGUUCUUGUCCCCUUCACAAGAAGUUGUACCGUUUACUGCGAAUUCAAAGCGAGCCAGGACAAAGUAUAUCAUUAGUAAAAAAGUCAUGCAUGCGUUGCUAGUUAAUAUUGACUCGUACGUGCAGUAAGCGCAGUUGUAUUUCAAGUAUGUUUCUUACUGAUGUGAUGUAGUUCGCAUUUCGCUCUUCAUUAGUAAUUUUGAUUGAUAGUUGUGGUAACUGCGUCACUGGAUGCGUGUUUGUUCAAUGUCUAGCACAACACUAUAGUUAGAGCUGCUCUUAUUAUUCUCUGUGUUUUCUUUUUCACGAUCGCAAUACAGUGAAAUGGUCACCACAACUAGUCAUACAACUCUGUCUUAGAAGUGGUACGUGUGUGCAUUUUUGUAUGCUUUGAUUAUCCCAAACGAAAGAAGGCAAAACGCAUCGCAUGGAAGACUUAGUUAGGCUGUCCUUAUUAUUACUAGUUAUUAUUAUUUCCUGCGUGCAUAUUUAGGCAGGCUUUGGGCAAUCAUGGUCUGUACAACUUGUUUCUAAGCACGCUGCAGUGAGCGCAUGCCUUCUCCCUUCUCGUCUGCUGUCUGGUAUCAAACAGCGAUCAUUGAUGCUUUUUGCUGCUAAGCUGCCUGUAGUUAUGCUGCGCUGCGUUUGCGUGCUCCAGAAUUGUCGAAGCAGUUAUUUUGUUUCUUAGCGUGCGCGAUUUCAAACUAAUUGUGUGCGAAACGUGGCUGUUUUUUAUCAAUAAUUCUGAUAAACAUAUCAGAGUGCACCUGCUUGAUGUGAACGUGUAAAUAAAGGAAUAUUAGAGAGGUA